AUGUGGGAGUCGCCUACGUCUAAAUCGCGUGGUGAAGGGGACAAUUGUGCUUCUUUCGAUGGGAAUCUGGAAUUUCGAAAUGUUCAGUUCAGAUAUCCGUCACGAAAGGAAAAAGAAAUAUUGGAAAACCUAAACCUAAAAAUUCAAAGUGGUCAGUCAGUGGCGUUUGUAGGUUACAGUGGCUGUGGAAAUGGAAUUAACGUUCGUACAUUGAAUAUUGAAGCGUACAGGAAACAAUUUGGUGUUGUUCAACAAGAGCCAGUUUUGUUUGAUAUGUCAAUCGAAGAAAACAUUCGGUUGGGAAAAUUAAAUGCUACAGACGAUGAAGUAGUUCAAGCAGCAACCUUAGCAAAUGCACAUGAUUUUAUUAUGGAGUUAGAGGAUGUACGAGCUCUCCAAUUAAUGAACACUUAUAAUAUAAGUGAAAAACUUGUUCAAAAUGCUCUCAAUAAAGCACAAAAAGGGCGAACCACGCUUAUUAUUGCACAUCGUUUAUCGACGAUAAGAAAUGUUGAUAAAAUAGUUGUAAUCGAUAAAGGAAAAAUCGUUGAAUCCGGCACUCACGAUGAAUUGAUUGAACAAAGGGAUUUUUAUUACAAUUUAACCGUGUGUCAAGAACAAAUCGAUGAUACUUUAGAUGUAGAACAGGUUGAAAGUAUCCGGCAUUAUUCGAUUGCGUCUUCUGAUCGGUCAGAACAUGAAAAUAUUCAAGACAGUGACAAUCGUUCUGAAUAUGGAAAGUUCAGAAACUUCUUGCUAAUACUCAAAAUAUUUCAAUUGAAUAAACCAGAAUGGUUAUAUAUUUUGAUGGGGCUCGUAAUGUCAUUUUUAAAUGGACUUGAAUUACCGAUAAUGGGAUAUCUUGGUGCAAAAUUAUAUUCCAUCCUAGCUUCUCCGAAUGAACAAACUCAGUUGAAAUUGAUGACAACUAUAUUAGUUAUUGUUGCUAUCGGAGGUUCAAUGUCGCAGCUUUUUGCCAGUCUUGCUUUUUCAAAAUCUGGCCGUGAAUUAACACUGCGGAUUCGAUCAAUGAGUUUCAAAUCGAUGUUACGACAAGAAAUCGCUUGGCACGACGAGGAGGUCAAUAAUGUGGAAACCUUAACCGCCCAAUUGUCAUCGGAUGCAUCAGCGUUAGAGGUCAGUAAUAUAAACCAAGAGACUCAGUGGUAUUUUGUUCCAUUCUUAAUGAGAUCGAAUACGAUGUUUUCCUUGUAA